CCACCGACUACAACACAAGAACCAUGUGUCGCAUAUGAAGGAAUGAGCCAAGGACAGACGAUUAAAGAUGAACUGAUCACGGAUAACAUGGGUAGAGGGGCUGAGGAUGUUAAACCCAGUAACGGUGGAUGGACGCCGCCAGGUGAUAACCCGUUUGUGCCUUCGACUACGUACAUCCAGAUCAUUCUCGGUGAUGGAGCUAUAGAGCUCAGUCAAGUUGGCGUGUCAGGAUCUGUGAAGACCUACACGAUCUCCUUUAGUACCGACCUAAUUAACUACGAAACCCUUCCGACGACGUUUGAGGGAGACGCAACAUUCCUCAAUUCGGUAUCAGUCCGCAGCAUACGAAUAUACCCGAUGACGUUGCUUCCGGGGCAAUCGCAACUAAACGUGACAAUAGAGUUGUAUGCCUGCUUCCUAGGUGAAGCCACCACCCAACCUGGAACAACAACUCAGCCAUCUACAACUACGGCACCAGGAACCACGACACAGCCACCUACAACUACGGCACAAAGAUUCACGACACAGCCACCUACAACUACGGAAGCCGACAGCGCACUACAAAUACUCAGCCCCUACAAACUAGCGGCGAGGAACACGACACAGCACCUACACUACUGCACAAAGAUUCACGGAGCGCAGCAGGCCACCUACAACUAG